AUGUCAGUCUCCGAUCAACUAAAGAUAUUAAAGCACAAAUUAAUUGGCUAUCAAAAAACUUUAAAGGAAGUUAAAGAAAGUUUAGAAAACUUGGACAAAAAAAAUCGCCAAGAAAUCCAAGCCCAAGAAAUCCAGUUAGAAAACGAAUUAGAGCAAUCCCAACUCUCUAAUACCGAAAAGCAAGCCCGGAUCAAUCAAUUAUUAACCGAGCAUAGCACCGAGUUAGAGGAGUUAGAUAACCUAUUGGAUGAAGAAAGAAGUUCUUAUCGCACUAUCCGGAAUAAAUUAAUCAGUAAAUUAUGUGAAAAUUGUGCGGUUUGUCAAGAAAGGGAACGAAUGAUUCAAGUUUAUGAGGAUCGAGUAACUAGUUUUAAAAUCCUAUUUGGAAUAACUCUAGUAAAAAUUACAAAAAUUAAUUAUAUGACUACUUUACAAGAAUACUUAACUCAAAAAUAUCCCACUUUGCAAGAUCAGGAACAACUUACUGAACUUAAUCUAGAAAAAAUUAAUCAAGAACGAGAAGAACAAGGCGAAACCGAACUAUUAGAAGGAGGAGAGUUAGAUUUAACCACUUUUAAAAACUUGGCAGAAAUCGAAAUCUAUCGUCAAUUUUUAAAAACUUCGAUUACUAAAUUAAAUGUGAGUGGAAUUGCUGAUUUAUCUACUGAAAAUAACCGCAAAAAAGGAGUCAUUAAAGAAGUGCGAAGGUUAUCCGAACUGAAAGGAGUUAAGGUUAAUUUUAGUCAACCAAGUGCUGAAGAAAAACCUCAAGAAGGAAGUGAAACCGAUAUUUUUUUACUAAUUGAGCAAAAAGAUCAGUCAGUAAAAGAUAAUUUAAAAGAAGAAUAUCAAAAAGAAUUUGAACUAUUAUUAAACCCCACUACUUUCCCCACUAACCAACUAGCAAUCCAAGAGUUAUUAACCGUUUAUUAUCCUAAUUUAGAAGAGAUUGCCGAUAGUCAAUCAAAAGAAAUCACCAUUAGUCCAAAAAUAGUAGAUCAAACUUGGUCAAUCAUUCAGCAUAAGGUAAUCGAAUUAACCGAUCAAGAAUUAAAGGAUAAUCUGGAUGAGGAAAAAUUAAAAACCUUAGCCUUCCAAUUAAAAGUGGUUGGUCAAUACUCUAUUUUGCUGACUUAUCAUUCGCAAAGUCCCUUGAUUAAGGAAUUACAAGAACUAUUCACCACUACUCCUUUACAAUUAGAAAAUGAACUCUUAAAACAAGAAAAAGAACAAUUGCCCACUCCGGAAAACUUUGAAAAACUUCAAACCCAAAACCGCUUAUUAGAUAAUUCUUUACAAGAUUUAACCGAUGCAGAAACUUACCAAAAAAUUAAAACCAAAACCAAGAACAAAAAACCAUCAUUUCAGAAGAUUACUAAUUGCCCUAACUUAAAGGAAAUUAACGUUCGCAACAACCAAUUAACUAAAUUAGAAAUCAGUGGUGAUAAUAAAAUUGAACAAAUAAUUGCCGGGCAAAAUGAAUUAAACGAAUUAAAUCUUACUAAUUGCCCUAACCUGAAAGAAUUAAUCAUGCCGGAUAAUCCUUAUCUGGUAGAAAUUAAAGGAUUAAAUUUAUCCACCAUUAAGAACCUUAACCUUAAUAAUACUUCAGUUAAUUUAGCUCAAGAUUAUGAAGAAUUAAAAGCAGAAAAAGAAAGAUUAUUAAGAGCGAUAGAAACUUUAAAAGAAGGUGGAGAGGAAGGAAAAUUAAUGUUAACUGAGGCUAUUGAAAGUAGUAGUCAAGUUGAAGAAAAUAUCCAAAGACAUUUACAAAAAACUGAACAAGAAUGA